CGUAAAUCAGAAUUUUUCUAAACAUCCGGUUUCCUCCCUGUUGAUGCAGGUUGUAGGAAAAUGGAGAAAAAUGGGGAAAAGAUUGUUAACCCUGCAGCCAAAGGAAGAGAAACGUCCGAGUUUCUUAUGGCCAUUGUCAGAACUUUAUCUACAAGUGCUGACUUUGAACAAAGAGAGAAAGAAAAGGCCAGGAUAGAGAAAACUUUUAUCCAGAGCGAUAAGAGGCUGGGAGAACUUGUCUCUGAAAACUACCAGGAAUUGGCCCAGAUAACACAAGACUUCAGCACCAUCAGUAAAUCUGUCAAUGAAGCAAGAGAGAAAAUUAAGAAAAUAAAAGAUGAUCUGAGCAGCUGUAAAACCUUGUUACAUUGUAAGCGGGAUGAAUUACGUCGACUUUGGAUAGAGGGAGUGGAACAGAAGACCAUGGUAGCCAUGUUGGAUCAGAU